UGGAAAUCAUGUGAUUCAGUAUAUAGUGUAAACUGUGUCAUUUAGGUGAGCAAAGACUGCGGAUUUAUCCAGAGUUACAAGGAUGUUAACAGUCCUCCUGUCAAAAGGAAUAUCUGAUGAUAAAAUCUACAACAGCAAUACCCUAAGAAUAUUUCAAUCUCCUCAGUGGAUAUCUACUCCUGCAGGAUGUUAGAGAGCAGGAUAGCUCUCCUGUGGGCGUGCUCUGCUCUCCUGGCUCUGGCGACUGCUGGACCUCUGCACAGGUACCCCAGAGAGACAGAGGAUGACCAAAAUAUGGACUUGUCGGCUUACGCAAACUACACGGCUAAUGAGGUGUGUUUCUCGGACAAUGAAGUGUUCCAAAGAGGGGCCCUUAUGCCGAACCCCGGCCCCUGCGAGGAGUGCCGAUGUGAACCACCUUCUAUAGUCUGCCAUAUGAUCAAGUGCCCGGUGAACAACAAUGGCUGUCGUACCAUCCAGCGGCCCAAUCAUUGCUGUCCAGACUAUAACUGUGAAUGCGACUACAAUGGCCAGUUGUACAAUGACGGAGAGCGUAUAGAUUUGCCGGAGGAGCCUUGCCAGGUCUGCUACUGCAAGGGAGGAGAUGUAAUGUGCACCUCCAUUACUUGUUACCAGAGAGAUGACUGUGAGCCUAUCCAUGUGCCCGGACAGUGCUGCCCUAAAUAUGACAAUUGUCCUUUAAGAGAUCAAGCUUCGUCCAGCGGUGACGAUAAAAGUGUGAGAACGAGAUCUCCUAAUCACUCGCCCAAGAGAGAGAUGCAGCCAUGGCUACUCACCAAGUCCGUUCUCCAGACAUCCAGUCUACCUGUACUCAAAACUUCGGAAGACUUGACAACCGAGGACAACAUAGUCAUCGUGAGUGACUGGCUAUCAGAGCGAAGGAGUACUACAGAUGAUUCCGGUUAUCAGACACUUGGACCUGUGGUUGUCACUGAUUCACAGAACCCCACCAGUAAGAGACACACCAUCAGUACGAUAAACCCAGACGGGAGCAUUGUGAGGCAGUCUGAGACUAUAACUCCUCUAGAUGAGGUUAUAUUUACGAGAGUUGACAUGCUGAGAGGAAACCCCGAACAGAGGCAUGAGUCUCAAACCGUUCCCCCUUUCACUGCUUCAAUAGUCACGCACAGCCCACUCAACAGUAAUGAACCGAGUAAAGAAACAGCAACGGUAAGAGAUGCAACCCCCUCAUCAAAUUCAACGCAUUCCUCUGCCGAUGGAAAUUUAAAUUCCACCGUUCCUGGUAUGAAAAUUAAUUCAAUUGUAUGGAUCGACGAAGAAAAAGAAACAAGUACAAUUACCAGUACAGAACCUUCAUUCAAUUUAAAAAGUGUAGGGAUGAAUGAUAAAUCUAGAAUAAAGAUUGAUGGAUCACAACAUGAACACACUGAAUCACCUGAUGAAAUGUAUACAACUAGUGAUUAUUUCACUCGUCCUAAGGAUGACAAUGAUUCCCUGUCAGAAGUUGCUCUCAUAAAUGAUUCCAUUGUAACAUCAAAUAAUGAAGGCAAUAAAUCGAAUGUAGAGCUUGAUGCUGAAACAAAGCUUGACGAUAAAGACAAACUAAAUAUUGGAGAACCUGCAGAAUUUACAUUGGAUCACUUCUUUGGGUUUGACAAAGUUUAUGAAGAAGAGGUUAGCCUUGAUACAACUUCGUUUGAAACAUCAACAUUCGGGAACACAGAAAAACAUUUAGAUAAUAUCCAAAAUACAAAUGACUUAAAUGCUGGUAGUGAAGACACAACUGGAUAUUUAGAGACGUCCACAGUUCAGGACGACGUUGUUGAACAUUCUUCAAACGAGGCUUCGGAAAUUCCAUCUGCCAAAAUGUUUAAAGAUGAAAGUGAUGACUCAAGUAUGAUUUCGACUGAAGGAGAAAAUAAUAAUCCAAAAGAUAUUACUGCAAUAAAUUCUGAAGAAGUGGAGUCCACUACUGCUUACAUUACUGAAGAUCAUAUGAGUGAGCUGAAUCUGAAAUCUAGUGAGUUUAUUGAAGGUAGUCACUUAAUGGAGAACGCAAAGAACUUGGAAGAGAAAACAGAUUUUGAGGUAACCACUCUGGAAGCUACUGAAACCCCUUUAAAUGGUGAUGUUUUUAAAGGAAAGAUAGUACAAAUAAAUAUAUCAAACGUUACAUUGAAUGAUAAUAGUUAUGCCGAUACUACCACUGAGGUACUCGAAAUGGAAGAAAUACCUCAAUCUACAAGUGGGCAAGAGGUGUCUUCGGAAGUUCCUAUUGUUCAGAAUUCGUUAGAGGCUAAACAUGAAGCUCACAUUGAGGCAAUAAAUGGUGAGGGAAAUGUCCCAAAUGAUGAAUCAAUUACAGAGAAACAAUCAACAUUACAUAACCAGUUUGUUGGUACGAUAACUGACAUAACUUUUAGGGAGACUAUAGAUGAACAAACAGAGGAGAACAGAGAUAAAAAUAACUUGCCGUCUAUUCAAGAGCCACAGCCACGUGAAUCAAGUGAAGACUUUACAGUAAUCAGAACUAAUGAAGAGAUACUGAACGAACCGAAAGAAGUAAUUUCAAACCCACCGAUUUUGGAGCUAAACAGCCACGUCCCUUUCCUUCAAAUUGGAGGUCAUUUUAGUUCAGAUUCAUAUUCCGCUGUAAACGAGGAAAGUCAGAAUGCACAAGAAAAGAAGGCUAAAUUAAGAAACGAGCUUUUAGAAAACUCUGAAAAAGAUCCAGUUCAAGUUGAAACAGAAACUACUUUACAACCGUUUCCUGAUAUCACAAAUCCAGAUGAAUCAAACUCUGAUGAAUCGAGCGAAAAACAUGAACCGAUCACCAGUUACAAAAGCGAAGUAGACACAACUUCGCACAUUCCAUUAACACCAGGCGAUCUCAAAGUGAUAGCAGAGUACAUGAUAAAUGAAAGGAUCAAGCCCGCCAAUCAGAAAAACAAUUCGACAUAUUUAGAAAAUCAGUGGUUGAAAGGAAAUCUCACUUCAGAGGAGAAAAUGGCUUCCAUUUUGUCGGCUGCUAACAUUACUAUUGGAAUAAUUAAUAGGACUAGCUCUGAAGCAAAGUCUGUAUGGCCAGAAACGUCUACAAAAACAAAUGAGAUCUUAAAAGUAGAAAAAUUUGAAAAAGAACAGUUGUUCAAAGGGAAUAGCAUUUUGGAUGGUAAAAGUGCUGUUACCAAAUACAGCAAAACUCAAGAUCAAUCCAAGAGCUAUUCAAAAGCGGAAAAACACGGUGAUUCCGUCACUCCACCCGACAAUCUAUCAAGCAAUAUUUCCAUGGAUGCAAAUAAUGAACAAGAUUCCUCCACAUCAGGGUAUUACAACAGAAAGGAUUCAACCGAAAAUAUUUUCAUGGGAAAGAUUUUAGUGCCUCAGAAUAACCUAACUGAAGCAACUUUUCUGAUCAAUAGUCCUCGCAGUCCUACUGAAGAUGUAAACAAGACCACUGUCACAGAAGAAAAGGAAGACCAUUCAAGGACACAACGGGUAUUAUCGUCCUCCAGUGAAGAAACAGACUCGGAUGACAUCACCAGUGAUUCUGCACGAUUCCAAGAUACUCCAGUACAUCACAAGGAAGCUCCAUAAAGGAAUUUCGUGCUCUUUUCCUUUUUCGGGAAGUUUUCAAAUGUGGUACAAAGAGAGGCUUAGACUUUGACUGAUUUUGAACACGAGUUAAUUUAUUAUUUAUACUUAAUGAACACAUUUUGUUACAGUUAUUUUCCGUCGCCUUUUUCACAAAGUGGUGACAAAACUUCCAAAGCAGUAUUACAGUGUAGAAUACUACUUCAUGUGCUUCAACCAAAUAGAAGGCGUUGUAGAGAGACGAUGUGGAGUUGAGGAAAUUGUAUGGCACAUAUAGUCUAUUGGAAUUCGUUUUUAUAGCAGUUUUUACUGAAUAACCUAUACAAUGUGUAUUAAAAUUUUUAUUGUUUACUGUUUACGAAUUGUGUGUAAUAUAUGUAAUCGCUAAGUAAUUUAUCAAUAACUUACUUAUUGAAAUGAUUAUUAUUUAAGAAUUUUAGACUACAAUGACGUAUUAGAAUUAAUUACCAAAUAAAAUGGAAUUUUAUAUUUUAGUGAUUACUUGGUUUAAAGUUUUUAUUAUGAAAGCUUAAAAUACUAUAAUUGAGUCAAAUUGGCUGAACAAUUAACAAAAUUAGCCGCUUAACGGUUUUCUUAAACUAAAUUUAUCUUCAGUAAGUCACUAGCAAUAAUAGUUCACAUGUUACACAAAGAGAUGACUCGGUCUAUUUUAAAUCGAAUAAACUUUUUAAUUCUGUUUCCCUCUUUUACCAAAUCAUUUGAUUUAUUACAAUAUUUCUGGCUACAAUUUAUUUUUUGUUGCUCCGUUUCUGUUUACAUUAAUUCAAACUAAUCAUUCUAUUCAAAAAUGUACUUCAAAUUUAUGUUUAAAAAAUCUAUACGUCAGGUAUUUAAAACGGAUUAUGCAAUAAAUAUGCGUUUCGUUUCACAUAAAAAGACAUGCCUCUUUUGUUUGGAAACUCAUUUUUUUGAUGUAACAUACAACAAACCCAUGAAUACAAACAUAUUGAUUUUCACUUAAAUAUAAAGAAGACUUCGUAAUCACACUCUCUAGUAUUAAUUACCUUAGUUUUAUUGGUAGUUAAAGUACGAUUUUAUCUUAAACAGGUUCAUUAUGUACAUGAAUGUUUUUAGAUUUUUACUAUGAUAAUAUUAUGUUAUCUGCUUGUACACAUCUACUAGAGUUUACUAUGUAAUUAAUGCUGAAAUGCCAAGUCACUUACAAAAACCUUUAGCACAAAACAAAAUGUGCAACAAAUCCUGACCUAGUGUUACAAGAAGUGGCAGUCACUUGCUCAAAUUUGUGUAAUCUAAAGAAUUCCCCUGGUAUGUAUGCCAAGGCUAGUUUAGCCCGCAUUUUAUCGACUUACGCUCUAAGAUCUGUGAUAAGAUACUGUGUAUUUAAUGUAAUUAAUUAUUAUUUAUUACUAUUUAUUUGCUGGCCGGCACAUAUUUCCGGGAGACAGGAAGAUAGCGGCUCUUUCCCCGAAAAAUGUCCCGGUCGUUGGUAUUUUCUAAGAGUACUGUUAGGUAUAUCAUUAUUUGAGACAGUGUUGGUAGUGAAUCGAAUGUGCAUUUGUUACUUGCUACUCUAGCACAUAGACAUUUUAAACUGUAAAUAUUUAAAGUACAGUAAGACAAUAUAUUUAUUGGUUAUAAAUAAACAUGAAAAAGUGA